UUCACCAAGUUUUCCUUCCAGUUGCCUGGUGGGACGGUUGGGUCUUAGCACCUAAAUCAGCUUGUUCGAACCCACAAACCAACCAACCAGUCAAGGAAACAUGAGCAAGUCCUACUCCUCCUCAGCCCAGAGUGCCUCCUCCUACCGCCGAACCUUUGGUUCUGGUGUUGGUGCAUCACCAAUGUCAUCCCUCUUCUCCUCCUUAGGAAGAGGCCGAAGCUCUUCUUCCAGCCAUUUGUCUUCCAGACUCUACGAAGUCAAGAGCACUGCUGUCCCCUCCUUCUCUGGCUUCAGAGUUUCCUCUGGUGCUGGAGGAGCAGGAUUUGGCUCCUCUACAGCCAUGCGUACCUACAGUGGCGAGAAGCUUGACUUUAACCUCGCUGAUGCCAUGAACCAAGACUUCCUCAACACAAGGACCAACGAGAAGGCUGAGCUUCAGCACCUCAAUGACCGCUUCGCCAGCUACAUAGAGAAAGUACGCUUCCUGGAGCAGCAGAAUGCCGCCCUGACUGUGGAGGUCGAGAAGUUGAGGGUUCGCCAGGGCCCGGGGCAUGUGGCCGAGCUGUAUGAGGAGGAAAUGAGGGAGCUGAGGAGGCAGAUCGAGGCCCUCACCAAUCAACACGCCAGGGUGGAAGUCGAAAGGGACAACCUGGCUGAUGAUCUGCAGAAACUAAAGCUCAGACUGCAAGAAGAGAUUCACCAGAAGGAAGAAGCUGAGAACAACCUGUCUGCAUUCAGAGCUGAUGUUGACAGUGCCACUCUGGCCAGGCUGGACCUGGAGAGACGCAUUGAGAGCUUGCAGGAGGAGAUUGCCUUCCUCAAGAAAAUCCAUGAAGAGGAGAUCCGAGAGCUGCAGAACCAGAUGCAGGACACUCAGGUCCAGAUCCAGAUGGACAUGUCCAAGCCUGACCUGACUGCUGCUCUCAGGGACAUCCGCGUGCAGUAUGAAGCCAUUGCUGCAAAGAACAUUGCAGAGGCUGAAGACUGGUACAAGUCUAAGGUGUCUGAUCUGAACCAAGCCGUGAACAAGAACAAUGACGCUCUGCGCCAGGCUAAGCAGGAGACCAUGGAGUAUAGGCACCAGAUCCAGUCCUACACCUGUGAAAUUGACUCUCUUAAGGGCACUAAUGAGUCUCUGCUGCGCCAGAUGAGAGAAAUGGAGGAACGGAUGGGCCAGGAAGCCUCUGGUUACCAGGAUAGCAUUUCACGGCUGGAAGAAGACAUUGCCAAAAUGAAGGAUGAUAUGGCUCGCCACCUGAGGGAGUACCAGGACCUUCUCAAUGUAAAGAUGGCCCUUGACAUUGAAAUCGCCACUUAUCGCAAGUUGCUGGAGGGAGAGGAGAGCAGGAUCACAACCACCCUGCCUGUCCAGUCUGCCUAUUCUUCCAUUGGAUUCAGAGAGACCAGUCCUGAGUCCCAGCGCCAAUCAGAGGUUCACUCCAAGAAAACUGUUCUUAUCAAGACCAUUGAGACCCGCGAUGGAGAGGUUGUCAGUGAGUCAACACAGCAUCAGCAGGACAUCAUGUAAAAAGGGAACAUGUCAUAAAUAAUAAUAAAAAAUUAACAAAUAUCUAAAUUGUUUCCGACCAUUAUGAUGACAACAUAUAAGUUGAGCCAAUGUUUAUAGACAGAAAUCAGAAUGUUAACUUCAAUUUACAAUAAUUGCAAUCUACUGUAUACAUCACAGGAAAGAUGCAGGUACAGUGCCUUUUGCCUGGUUUUAAAUGAAGGGCAUUCCAGUAUUUUAAACUUCCUAACUAUUAAUUUCUAUUUCAGAAGAGCACCAGACUUUGCCAAUUCAAUUUGAAGUUUCUGAUGUUAAAGACAGUUUGUUGAGCCUAAAACACUGUGGUCUAAAGGGAAACUGAAAGGAGAUUUUUUCACGGUGCAUUUUCCAAGGUUUGUUUGUGCACAAAUCACAAGCAUAUGAUUAAUUAGGAGCAAUUUCGGUUGCUGAUUUAAGGAAUGUGUCAAGUUGGAUUUAAAGAAUAAAAAAAAAAAACCAUUGAACUAAGAGGGAACUUAGUCAUGUUUAAAGUUUGAGAUCAGCAGGAUGCGCUAAUUGUUUGUGUAUGAAAGAGUAACAAUGGUAUGAUGUUUCACUUCAAAUAAACUUCAAUGAAGAUGUGCA